AUGCAAACCACUUGUGAAGGUAACUUAAGGAAGGAUUCCCAAAUAAUUUUGAAACUGGAUGUGCAACGUCCUGUGUUGGAAGAACAGGAUCUACGUCAAUUAUAUCAAUAUGAAAAACCAAAAAUAUCUGUGAUAGAAACUGCAAAAAAAUCUAUAGAGUCUUUAAAUUUUGAAACUUGUAUUCAAAAUGUGAUACCAGCGUCGUACUGGCUUAGAAAAUAUAAAUGGAAGAAUGACUUUAUUUACGAUGUCAUGUCUGGCAUCACCGUAGCUAUAAUGCAUAUUCCACAGGGUAUGGCCUAUGCUUUCUUAGCGAAUUUAAGUCCCGUCGUUGGCAUAUACAUGGCAUUCUUUCCUGUACUCAUAUACGUUAUUUUUGGUACUUCAAGACAUGUUUCGAUGGGAACAUUUGCAAUAAUAUGCCUUAUGACUGGCAAAGCAAUCACUUCUUACUCAACACCCUUAGAAAAUAUAGGAAUAGAUAAUCAUACGCAAGAACUUGAAACAACAAUUGAUAGUAAAGAAAUAUACACGCCAAUGCAAGUAGCUACAUCUGUUACAUUUAUGGUUGGAAUAAUUCAGCUCAUCAUGUAUGUAAUGAGACUAGGUGUUAUUAGUACAUUAUUGAGUGAAACUUUUGUAAAUGGUUUUACAACUGGAGCAACAAUACAUGUUUUACUAUCACAAAUAUUUGAUUUAAUAGGAUUGGAUUCAGUAAAGCCAAAUGGAAAUUUUAAAUUUUUUAAAACUGUUGCUGUUAUUUUUAAUGAUAUUUCUAAUGCGAAUACAGCAGCUAUAAUAGUUUCUGCCAUUGCUAUCUGUUUAAUGAUUCUAUCCAAUGAGUUAUUAAAAUCAUGGAUUAGAAAAUAUUGCAGUUUUCCUGUACCUGUUGAAUUAAUAGCAGUUAUAACUGGAACAGUGAUUUCACAUUAUUGUGAAUUUUCAACCAAAUAUAAUAUUAAAACUGUUGGAUAUAUACCUACGGGAUUACCAAAGCCACAGUUACCAGCUUUUUCAUUGUUGCCCACUGUUGUUUUGGAGAGCAUUGAAAUAACCAUGGUUUCUUAUACAGUAACUAUGUCAAUGAGUUUGAUUUUUGCAAAAAAAUUGCAUUAUAAAGUUGAUUCUAAUCAGGAAUUAUUUGCAAUGGGUAGCAGUAAUAUAUUUGGUGCUUUUUUUUCAUGUAUGCCAAUAUCAGCAUCGUUAAGUAGAUCUUUAAUACAACAAACCGUUGGUGGAAAAAGUCAAUUAGCCAGUGUGGUUUCUUGUCUUAUAAUACUUGUAAUACUUUUAUGGAUUGGUCCAUUUUUCGAAGCAUUACCAAAGUGCAUCUUAGCGUCGAUUAUAGUUGUAGCAUUAAAAGGAUUGUUGUUCCAAGCCAAAGAAUUAAUAAAAAUUUGGAAGUUAAGUAAAGUCGACGGCAUAAUAUGGAUUAUUACUUUUUUGUCAACUGCAUUGAUUAAUAUCGAUAUUGGUUUAAUUAGUGGAUUAUUAGCAUCAAUAGCAACUGUUUUAUUUCAAAGUAUAAAACCUUACAGCUGUUUGCUGGGUCAUGUUCCAAAUACGGAAUUGUACUUGGAUACAAGUCGUUAUGUGGGAGUUGCCGAGAUAUUUGGCUUAAAGAUUUUCCAUUACGCAGGUAGCAUAAACUUUGUGAAUGCAAAUCAACUAAUUUCUGACUUAAGGAAUAAAGUUGGUGUUAAGCCUUCCCAAAUUCAGAAGUAUCGCACAAAACUUGCUAAAAAGGGCGUUUACGUAGAGCCAAAUGAUUUUGAUGAUAAAAUUACGUUGAAGUGCAUUGUAAUUGAUAUGAGCGCUGUAUCAAAGAUUGAUUCGAGUGGUGUUAGAGCGCUACGCGAUAUAGUUGCGGAUUUUUCGCAAAUUGAUGUACACGUGUAUUUAGCGGCUUGUUCGGGUAUCGUUUUUGAUAUGAUACAAAAAUGUGAUUUGUUGGAAAAGGGUGAGCUGACUUGCAUUAUAUUUGCGACCGUGCAUGACGCCGUUUAUUUUGUGCAACGCGAGCAUAUGUCCAAAUCCACUUGACACAAGCAGUCACAUUACUAUAAUUUUUUACGAUAUACAGGAACAUUUACCAAAAAGGACAAGACAAUGUCUAUAAAAAAAAAGAAAAAAAAAAGGAAAAUAAUGUAUAUUGGUUUAUUGUUA